AUGGUGGAGCAAGCCGACGACGCGCCGCUCCUUUUCUGGGCCGAGGGCCCGGCCGUUUCCUUGCCGGAGCCCGGGGAGCCCGGCAGCUGGGGGGGCUGCCGCUCCUCCUCCUCCUCCUCCUCGACGUGGAGGAGCGGCGGCAAGGGGGAGCCGGGGCUGGCCGGUCUCGGGAGGCGACUCCAGGAGCAGGAACCGGGGCAGGUAGAGGAAGACCAGAUCGUGGCAGUGUUUGUGGUCACUUUUGACUCCCGCACGGGUAAUAUGGUCGAAUGGUGUUUGCCACAAGACAUUGAUCUGGAAGGUGUUGAGUUCAAAUCUAUGGCCAGUGGAUCCCAUAAAGUCCAGUCUGAUUUCAUUUACUUCCGGAAAGGCGUUUGCUUUGGUUUGGCUUGUUUUGCCAAUAUGCCUGUGGAGAGUGAAUUGGAACGUGGUGCGCGGAUGAAAUCUGUGGGCAUUCUUUCUCCUUCCUACACUCUGUUGUACAGAUACAUGCACUUCUUGGAGAACCAGGUCAGGCAUCAGUUGGAAAUGCCAGGACAUUACUCUCACUUGGAAGCCUUUUACGAUGACAAGAAAGGGGUCUUCCCAGCAGGCACUCUUGUUUCACAGCAACCCAUCCACUGGCUGCCUUCCAUCCACAAAUAUAUGUAUCCAGAGAUGAAGAUCACCCACCCUGCAGGCUGUAUGUCUCAGUUCAUCAAGUUCUUUGGAGAGCAGAUUCUGACCCUCUGGAAGUUUGCCUUGCUUCGCAAGCGCAUUUUGAUAUUUUCCCCACCUCCCGUCGGCGUGGUCUGCUACAGAGUUUAUUGCUGCUGCUGCCUUGCCAAUGUCUCCUUGCCGGGAAUUGGAGGGACUGUCCCCGAGUCUAAGCCAUUUUUCUAUGUCAAUGUAGCCGACAUUGAAAUGCUGGAGACUGAAGUAUCAUAUGUAGCCUGCACAACAGAAAAAAUCUUUGAAGAGAAGCAGGAUCUCUAUGAUGUCUAUGUAGAUAACCAGAAUGUAAAGACACAUCACGAGCAUCUGCAACCACUCCUGAAGAUUAACAGUGCAGACAAGGAGAAGUAUCAGAGACUUAAUGAUCAGAGACAGAUGCUGAUGUACUCCCAGGAAGUAGAUGGUGACUGUAGUUCUUGUGAAGAGGACCUCUUCAUCUUGUUCUUCAUGGAGCAGAACAACCGGAUAUUUCAGACAUUGAUGGAGAUAUCAGCCAGCCAGGACAAGACAUUGACAGCUGACCAUGCCCGUGGAAUGGGUUUGGAUCCUCAAGGCGACCGUAGCUUUCUCAUGGACCUCCUGGAAGUUUAUGGCAUUGAUGUCAUGCUGGUCAUUGAUAAUCCUUGUUGUACUUAGAAGUGGUGGGUGCUGGAAGGGUGAGAGAAGCAGAAUUCACACAUGAGUGGAUGGCAAUAACUGUUAAAAGACUACAGGACGAACUGGUGGAACUUGCCACAACUCAUAUUGUGAAGUAUUGCCUUUUAUUUAAGGGAGCACUCUGCAGGAAGUGUUAUUUAUUUUUAUCCGGUUAAUAAUUGUUUUCAAAUGGAUCUCAAAGAAGAUACUAUUCUUCCCUACCCACAAUAGCUUGGCUCAGGGGUUCCC